CAACAAAAGUUACAGGGAUAUUUACGCAAAGACACGCAUUUCGUUCUUCGAAGAAAAAAGGGAAAAAACAAACGCAUUUCAUGCACACACCACAGCAGGUCUUUUUUCUAAUGGAAAGAAAUGCCAGAGCUGAACUCCGCGGUCCGCAACCCCAACCAAUUUGUCUCCAUUCAAUCAUUCAUCGUGACGUGAAGUACACUGCGGCCCCUGGGUCAGGUAUCGGAUGGGAGAAAAGCACUGCCGGCGCCCAGUUUCUUGAUCUGCUCCUGCUGAUUCCGUGACUCGGGCUCCGGCCCCUCCGUCUCCAUGGACGAAGCAGCAGAGGAGAGGAGACUGCUGGUGCAAGAAGAGGGUGGAUAUCAAGAAUCGCUCCCCCUCCUCCCACAGGAUGUCGGUCAUUACACAGGUGAUGGAUCUGUUGAUAUCAAGGGGCGUCCUGCAUCAAAGCACACCACAGGCAAUUGGAGAGCUUCUUAUUUCAUCCUAGGGAACGAGUUUUGUGAGAGGCUGGCCUACUAUGGAAUCGCAAAAAACCUAGUUACUUAUCUGAAAGUACAACUUCGUCUAGGCAACCUUGAAGCUGCAAGAAGUGUUACUACUUGGCAAGGGACAUGCUAUCUCACUCCUCUCAUUGGAGCCGUCUUAGCAGAUUCUCACUGGGGAAAGUACCAGACUAUUGCUGUUUUCUCAUCAAUUUAUUUUAUUGGCCUGGCUAUUUUAACACUUUCAGCAUCGGUUCCAGCACUGCGGCCACCUACAUGCUUAGGAACUGUUUGCCCAGAAGCAAGCUUACUUCAGUAUGGCGUAUUUUUUGUUGGCCUCUAUACGAUUGCCCUAGGGACCGGAGGUAUCAAACCUUGUGCCUCAUCCUUUGGAGCUGAUCAAUUUGAUGACACUGAUCCAGCAGAGAGACCAAGGAAGGGUUCCUUCUUCAAUUGGUUCUACUUCUGUAUAAAUAUCGGUUCAUUCAUCUCAGGCACUAUCAUAGUGUGGAUACAAGAUAACUCUGGUUGGGGGAUAGGGUUUUCCAUUCCUACUAUAUCUAUGGCAUUAGCAAUUGCAUGCUUCUUUGGAGCCUCAAAUAUGUAUAGAUUUCAGAAACCUGGUGGGAGCCCACUCACAAGAGUGUGCCAGGUGGUUGUAGCAGCAUUCCUUAAGUGGCACGCUGGAGUGCCUCAUGAUGUAUCUCUUCUAUAUGAAGUUGAUGGCCAAACUUCAGCCAUUGAGGGAAGCCGGAAGCUGGAGCACACAGAUGAACUCAAGUUCCUUGAUAUGGCUGCCAUUAUCUCAUCUGCUGAUGGGAAGAGUGAAUCUUCUACAGACCCAUGGAAGCUUUGCACAGUCACCCAGGUGGAAGAACUGAAGAUCCUAAUAAGAAUGUUUCCCAUUUGGGCCACUACUAUCAUAUUCAGUGCUGUGUAUGCCCAAAACUCUUCUAUGUUUGUAGAGCAGGGCAUGGUUCUUGACAAGCGGAUUGGAUCUUUCAACAUUCCUCCUGCAUCCCUCUCAACUUUCGAUGUAAUCAGUGUCAUCAUCUGGGUUCCACUUUAUGACCGCAUUCUCGUGCCAAUAGCUAGAAAGUUCACUGGAAAGGAGAAGGGUUUUUCUGAGCUACAGCGGAUAGGAAUUGGAUUAUUCCUGUCCGUUCUUGCAAUGGUAUCUGCAGCUCUUGUAGAGUUGAAGCGUUUACAGAUUGCCAGGUCUGAAGGUCUUAUUCAUGAGAAGGCUGAUGUUCCGAUGAGCAUUAUUUGGCAAAUACCACAGUAUUUCUUGGUGGGUGCUGCUGAGGUGUUCACUGCUAUAGGUCAACUUGAGUUCUUUUACGAUCAGGGCCCGGAUGCCAUGAGGAGUUUAUGUAGUGCAUUUGCGCUUGUUACAGUCUCAGUGGGAAGCUAUAUAAGCUCGAUCAUACUGACGCUGGUUUCAUACUUUACAACUCAAGGAGGAUCACCUGGAUGGAUCCCUGAUAACCUGAAUGAAGGCCAUCUUGACCGGUUCUUUUUGUUGAUUGCAGGGAUAAGUUUGGUGAAUUUGAUGGUUUUCAUUGUUUGUGCUUCGAGAUACAGAUAUAAGAAAGCCCAGUGAUUAUAUUUAAUGUAUAAUCAGUUCCUGUAAUGCGAUUUCAGAUACCAUAUUCAUCAAAUGCAAUGAAUUGUACAGACUAGAAUGUUUAAGACGUGAUGCUUCAGCUGUCUUUCUGAAGCCCUUGAGGAAA